UCUCCUCAGUCUACCUGGCUAUGUUGAAGCAUAAGGUACGUGAUCAGAGUCUUUUUCCACACUCGCGCGCGAGAUAUUCUCAACCCAAGGAUUCCUAAGAACACGACAAUAGUUUAAAAAAAAAGUAAAUUAAUUAAUUACAAAUCCUUGAUCAAUUUAUAUGAUUCAUGUGGCAUUCUGUAGCAUAAAAAUUGUGUGAGAACUUUAAAAGUGAAAGAGAACAUUUUCUUAUGCUCCAUUGAGCUGAUCGCGGCCUGAUCGUAAAGGCGUGCUUCUUGAGAAAACUAAAAAGAAGAAAAAAAUAACAAAGAUCUGUCUCACUCUCACUUCUUUGCCAUUUGCCCAGCUCUUGAGGAGUGGUGUAGGUAAACCGGUUUAAGGUGCCCUGAGCAACAGAGUAAAAGAUCUUAGAAACACGUUGAAGUCACUACAAGAAAAGGAAGCCCAAGAAGUUGGUCAGAAUAGUAUUAUAGGUACUCCUCUUCCAACUCCCGCAUUAUUGUUUCCCGCGCAAUGAAUAUGCUCAAGACAGCAUAGAGUGGCUGUGAGAGCAACCUUGUAAUUCUUAUCGUGGGAUUUGUGUGGGAAAAAAUCCUCCAGCACCCCAAGCAGAGACAAUUGGAUAAAAAGUCUGCAUUUUCUUAACUUUUAUUGAAAAAGAAGAAAAAAAACUUUCCGUGUGUGUGAAUGAAAGUUGUGCGCGAUUUUUUAUUAUUAUAUUCAUUUUCGUGUGCGUUGGAUGAAGAAAAGUGAAGGAAAGAUGAAGGAAAUCUCUGUGUUACUCAAUCAACAUUUCUCUGUGAUCAUCUUGGUGGUUUUUUUGCUGGCUAGCAGCGUGCAAAAUGUCAUCGCCAAUGGAACAGGACCAUCGCACGACAAAGUUGUGGUUUGCUAUAUAGGCACAUGGGCAACAUAUCGACCGGGUUUUGGAUCUUUUACAUUGGAUCAUGUUGAUCCGAACCUCUGCACCCACCUGAUCUAUGCUUUUGCCGGCUUGGACACUGACUCGGAUGGAAUUAAGGCUCUCGAUCCAUGGCAGGAUUUGAAGGAUAAUUACGGAAAGGGUGGCUUUGAGAAGCUGACGGCAAUGCGCAAGACACAUCCCCAUUUGAAAGUCACCCUAGCCAUUGGGGGUUGGAACGAGGGUUCAUUAAAAUACUCACAAAUGGCUGCAAAUCCAGCACGGAGGGCAAAAUUCGUUAAGAACGCCGUUGAAUUCGUAAAACGUUUCAAUUUUGAUGGACUCGAUCUUGAUUGGGAGUACCCAACACAGAGGGAUGGUAAGCCCGAGGAUAAGGAGAACUUUGUGAGCCUUGUUAUGGAGUUGAAGAGUGAAUUCCGUAAGCAUGAUCUUCUUCUUACAUCCGCCAUUGGGGCGUCUAAGAAGAUGAUCGAUGAGGCGUAUGAUGUGAAGACUCUGUCCAACUAUCUGGACUUUAUGCACAUCAUGUGCUACGAUUACUCUGGCAGCUGGGACAAGAAAGUCGGACCAAAUGCUCCAUUGGAUAACAAUGGAAUCUUGGAUAUUAGCACAACAAUUUCUCACUUGCUGGCCAGAGGAGCAUCCCCGUCAAAGCUAGUCCUGGGACUUCCAUUCUACGGCCGUACGUUCAUAGCUCAGGGUGAGGGGUACUUUGGUGAUCCAACAGACGACAAAGGCUUCCCAGGGCCGUAUACGAAGGAAAGUGGAUUUAUGGGCUACAAUGAGAUUUGUGCAGCAAUUCAAGAUCCCUCAGCUGCCUGGACUGUUUCCUGGGACGCAGCUACAGAUCAAGCGGUGGCGAGGCAGAAGGGCGCCGAAACGGGUGAAACAAAGGUCGUCACCUUCGACAGUAGCCGAUCGAUUGCCAAUAAAAUUCGCUACGCCAUUAAGCAUAAACUUGCGGGGGCUAUGGUGUGGUCAAUUGACACUGAUGACUUCCUCGGGAACUGCAAGCCGGAUAAUGAGACAUUUGUGGACUUCGUAUCGCGACCAGGAGUUAAGUUGACCUUCCCACGACGACCAAAGGGCAACUAUCCCCUUCUCAGGACAAUCAAUGAGGCUCUCGUUGUGGCACAGAGCGAAGCAGAUCAACUCCGUGACAUCAAGGAGCAUGAGAAGGAAAAUGAAAUACCUCAUGGGGCAUCAGCUAAAAUUACCCAAAUAUACUUUCUGCCAAUUUUUGUGAUUAUUCCUGUAUUCCGCAGCUUAUUCUCUUCCUAGGAGGGUGUAUAUUCAAUAAAAUUGAAAAUUGGAA